AAUCUUUUCGCCUCAUCUCACUCCUUCCCCGCUAUAUAAGUAUCGGGCCUGCUCGGCAUCCCCGGUCAAACCAGACCGGCAGCGGCAGCAGCCAUCGGAGCGUAGGAGAGAGGCGAGAAAGGCGGCGGCGAGUUGAACAAUCGCAGCAGCGGAGCAGGGCACCAUGAUGAUGGCCCGGGUUUCCUCCACCCUGUUUCUUGCCGUGGCGGCGCUUGCCCUCGCGGUGCCGGCGCUUGCCGGCGACCCCGACUACCUCCAGGACAUCUGCGUCGCCGACCUCAAAUCAGACCUGAAGGUGAACGGGUUCCCGUGCAAGGCGAACGCGACGGCGGACGACUUCUUCACCGGGGUGCUCGCCAAGCCCGGCGCCACCAACACCACGGCCGGCUCCGUCGUCACCGGCGCCAACGUGGAGAAGGUCCCGGGCCUCAACACCCUCGGCGUCUCCCUCUCCCGCAUCGACUACGCCCCCGGCGGGCUCAACCCGCCGCACACCCACCCGCGCGCCACCGAGGUCGUCUUCGUCCUCUACGGUGAGCUCGACGUCGGCUUCAUCACCACCGCAAACAAGCUCUUCGCCAAGACCAUCUCCCAGGGCGACGUCUUCGCCUUCCCGCGCGGCCUCGUGCACUUCCAGAAGAACAAUGCUGACAAGCCCGCCGCUGUCAUCUCGGCCUUCAACAGCCAGCUCCCCGGUACACAGUCCAUCGCCAUGGCGCUCUUCGGGGCCUCCCCAGAGGUACCCGACGACGUGCUCGCCAAGGCCUUCCAGAUCGGCACUGUGGAGGUUGACAAGAUCAAGGCCAAGUUUGCGCCAAAGAAGUGAAGGACCGGAGCACGAAUAAGAUUCAGACUUUUGUAAAAUACGUUCUCAGUGGUUCGUUUAUUGAUUUGUUGGUUAUCCAAUAACUGCGUUAAGCAAGUCAUACUAAUGCAGUCGUGUCGUGCAUUCUUGGCGACCCGACUGGCGACCUGUGUAAGUGGCCUGAAGAACCACAAAUUUGUACUACUACUAAGUGGGACUGUUGGAGUUUCGAAAAAAAAACCUUUUGGAAAAGUGGAGGGGAGAA